AACGGCGGAAAACGUAACGUGUUUUAUCGAUUUGGGUCGGGGGAGUCGGCCAUGUUCGUAUCCGCCACCGGUCAGGCGCACUCGUGUCCCAACGUCGAGAGACCGUGCCACCGAUAGAUUUUCCACCGUCUACAUCGUCGUCGAUGUCGCAGGGCGUAUAAAACGAUGAUGCGCUUGUAAAACGCGACACCCCGUGUUUUUCACUCGCUCCUUUCUCACGCAACGCCAGGACACUUUCGCUAAUUGUUUUCACGGAUCGAGUUUCCGGCCCGCGUCGAAAUCUUCGAGCGACACAGAGGACAGAGGGAUAGGAGGAACCUCGAGACACCUCGUUUCGGAGUAGUGGAGCCAAUCGAAGAACGAGCAUCAAAAUGCCUGCCAUUAACAAGAGAGAAGCUGAAAAGGUGCCGGAAGAGCCACAACCGGAGGAGGUCGUUGAAUCGACGUUAAAAACAUUAUUGAGCACCGAAAUGGAAAUAAAAGAAGCCACAGAGGCAGAGGUGGUGACCGAAAAUGCUGGGAAAAAUUUUGAAACUCAAAUGGAAAAUCUCGGCAAAGAAAUCGCGGAAGAAAUGGGAAUACCAACAUGGGGACUUGUUGCGAUUUUAAUAGCUGUAAGCGUAGUAGUUCUCGGAAUCUGCUUCUGCUGCAUCAGAAGAUGUUGUCGCAAAAGACGAUCCAAAGAUGGAAAGAAAGGAUUGAAGGGGGCGGUGGACUUAAAAUCUGUUCAACUAUUGGGCAGCACGUACAAAGACAAGGUCCAGCCGGAUAUGGAAGAGCUUACUGACAAUGCCGAAGAACCAGAUGAAGCUGAGAGUAAGCAGAGUGAGGUGAAACUUGGGAAACUUCAAUAUAAGCUCGAAUACGAUUUCAACACAAAUAGUUUAGCAGUAACGGUGAUACAAGCCGAGGAACUGCCAGCUUUGGACAUGGGUGGUACUUCCGAUCCGUACGUAAAGGUUUAUCUGCUACCCGACAAGAAGAAAAAAUUCGAAACAAAAGUGCACAGGAAAACGCUUAGCCCAGUCUUCAAUGAGACGUUCACGUUCAAGAGCGUACCUUAUGCGGAUGCGAUGAAUAAAACUCUCGUUUUCGCGAUCUUCGAUUUCGAUAGGUUCUCCAAACACGAUCAGAUCGGUGAAGUCAAGGUUCCACUAUGCCAAGUCGAUCUGGCUCAGACAAUCGAAGAAUGGAGAGAACUGCAAAGUGUCGAGGGUGAAGGUGGUCAGGAUAAUAAAUUAGGUGACAUUUGCUUCUCACUUCGAUACGUGCCUACGGCUGGUAAAUUAACUGUGGUCAUCUUGGAAGCGAAAAAUCUGAAGAAAAUGGACGUCGGUGGUUUAUCAGAUCCUUAUGUAAAAAUUGCUCUGAUGCAAAAUGGCAAAAGGUUGAAGAAGAAGAAAACGUCUAUUAAAAAAUGCACUCUUAAUCCGUAUUACAACGAAUCAUUCACGUUUGAGGUACCCUUCGAACAAAUACAGAAAGUGCAAUUGGUUGUCACGGUAGUCGAUUACGAUCGUAUCGGCACAUCAGAACCCAUUGGGAAGGUCGUCUUGGGGUACAACGCGAGUGGAACAGAAUUGAGACACUGGUCCGAUAUGUUGGCAUCCCCGAGACGUCCUAUCGCUCAAUGGCAUACGCUUAAAGACCCCGAGGACGGCGACAAGAAGGACUAAGAGAUCGUUGAGAAAAGUUCGUUAUAAAAAAAAGACAGGUUUUUUUUAAUGAGAGAAAAGAACAAAGAAAGAAACAAAGGAUGU